CCUGGACCUUUAAGGGCAGCAGUUCCCAGAGCAGCUCUUCCUGGGAACUUUGGAGCAAACCAGCGUGGAAAGCCUGAGCUGACUGCCUGAGAGGCAAAAUGAACAUUCAGGAGUAUUUCGGAAGAAUAUCUUACAACAAGCCCCAUAAGGAUGCAGACUUGCAAACCUUAAAAGCCAUCUUCCAGCAUCACAUCCAGGCCAUUCCUUUUGAGAACCUCAGCAUGCAUUGCGGGGAGACCAUCGAACUGGAUUUACAGUCCAUUUACAAUAAGAUCGUGCGCAAGAAACGUGGUGGAUGGUGCCUGGAAACCAACUACCUUUUAUUUUGGGCCUUGCAAGAAUUAGGGUAUGACGUCUGCAUUCUUGGUGGGAAUAGCUAUGACCCAGCAGAGAGGGCAUACGCUGCUGAGAUGAACCAUAUCCUGCUGAAGGUGGUGAUCCAGGGAAAUUCCUACAUCGUGGAUGCCGGUUUUGGUGGUGCCUACCAGAUGUGGCAGCCACUGAGGCUGAUUUCUGGGAAGGAUCAACCCCAGGUCCCUGGAAUCUUCCGCUUCGUGGAAGACAAUGGCACCUGGUACUUUGAGAAAGUCAAAAGGAAGCAUUAUAUUCCUGAGCAAAGUGAGACUCCUUACUUCACUGACACUCCAGGAUUGGGGAACAUCAGAAAAAUACAUAGAUUCACUCUUGAGCCACGACAUAUAAAUGACUUUCAGGAGUUAAACACAUACCUACAAGUGUCUCCAGAUAACAUACUUCGGAAGAAGUCACUCUGCAGUCUCCAGACCACUGAAGGGCUCAUUGGCUUAGUUGGAUGGACCUUGACUGAGAUGAAGUAUAAUUACACAGAGGACAUGGACCUGGUGCACAUCACAACUCUUACAGAUGAAGAGCUUGAGAAGACACUGAAAGAUAAAUUCAAUAUAGUGCUAGAGAACAAACUUGUACCAGUAAAUGUCCGUGGCUUGCCACCUAAUUUAGUGGAUAAGAUCUAAUUCUAGCACUGUGCUAGAUGGAUCAAGUAUCCAAUAGAAAAGUUCUAAAAUUAACAUUAAUUACAUUAAUUGAUUCUGAAGUUGAACUAGACACAAACCUUGGUAAAUUCAAGUACCUUGCUAGUUAACUGCCUGUACUUUUUGCAUAAGUUUUCUUAAGCUUCUCCCUCUUUGGAAACUAAGAGUCUUACUACCUCUGAUUUGCUCAUAUGGAAAUUGCUUUUUGACUCCUUAACAUUUUGUUCCACCUCUCUGGAACUCAUUUUAUUGCAGGUAUAUUUUGCAUCAAAGGAGACCAAAAUGAUGCAGAAGGAGAAGCUGUUACCAUUUUACACAGAAGACCUCUAACCCUCUUUGCUGUUAUUUCCAAUCUUCUCAGCAGAGUUUUACAAAUUAUUCACUUCCUUUAAAAGUCUGAAAGUUGAGCUGAAUUUGGCUUUCAAAGACUUACUAGAAAAAAAGAAAGGUUAAGAGUUUCUCAAAACAAGACACCAUUAGGUGCUGAUUAGCUUCUGAUGAGAUAAAUGGAAAGACUUGAUCCUAUUCUUUUACUAGGAAUUGACUUAAAGUGAGUUAUUUAUACAAGGGCAUCUAAAACCCCUCAGAAGAUGUUUAAUUUUGAGCAUCCCAUUUUUUCUGAGUCUGAUAUUUCUGUGUCUCUAAAUCUGAAGGAAAAUUCAUAGAAAGCAAGAUGACUCAACAGUUCUCAAAAAUCAGGCUUUUGCUAUCAAACCUGGGGAAAAAAAAA